UCAACUUUGCAAUUAUUGGACCACUAAAAGGGGUUCUAAUUUUUCACAAUUUUCAUACAUUCAUGUAUCAAAUUUAUAUUUUGUAGAGAAAUAGACUACCACUUAAUUGGCACUAUGAUUUUGGGGUGUUAUACCUCCGUGAUGGGAUCCAACAUUAGUCGUUCCUGUAGCUGGGAGGCAGAGCUGUGCAAGAGAGCUCAGAAUAACGGAACACACACACACACACACACACACACACACACGCGCGGAGAGAGAGAGAGAGAGAGGGAGAGAGAGAGAAAGAGAGAGCGCGUCAGAGGCGAGCACAAGCAAGGAGAACGUGAGCAAUUUCUUUUGUAGCUCGGUCACACAUUGUUGAUUGUGUUCUUAGAACAUCCGGGCAGAUUUCAAACGGAACCAUUGGGCUAUACCCAUGCUGGGGAUUUGGUUGUUUUUUUUUUCCGCAAAUGCAAAAGGAAAAAAUAUGCAACGAAGAAUCGCUCUGCUCUGCACCAGCGUUAUCGGACUCUGCUUUGGUUCGAGUUUUCCAAGUAAUAUCAACAUAGGAGGAUUAUUCCCUCCCGAGUCGCACGAAUAUGAAGUGUUCCGAUUUGCGCUUUCGCACUAUCAGGACAUUCCCAAACUGGUGCCUCAAGUAGAUAUGGUGAAGAUGGGCAACAGCUUCUCCAUGACUUAUGCCUUUUGUUCGCAGUUUGCAAAAGGAGUGUAUGCCAUCAUUGGUGUACACGACAGGAAGACGGUGAGCAUGCUGAUGUCAUUUUGUGGUGCGCUGCACGUCUGUUUUGUGACACCCAGCUUCCCCAUUGAGACCUCCAAUCAAUUUGUGAUUCAACUGCGGCCUGAGUUGCAGGACGCCUUGGUUGGGGUCAUUGAACACUACAAGUGGACCAAGUUUGUCUACAUGUAUAGCUCUGAUUCAGGACUUAUCGUUCUGCAGAAGGUUCUGGACACAGCAGCAGAGCGGAACUGGCUGGUGACUUCAGUGAAUGUGGAGACCAUGACUGAGGCAUCGUUCCUCAAAGUCUUUCAGGACCUAGACAAGAGGAAGGAAGGCCAGAUCAUAAUUGAUUGUGAGCUGGAGCGCCUCAGCUCCAUCCUAAAGAAGAUUGUAGACCUGGGAAAAAACCGUAAAAGCUAUCACUACAUACUGGUAAACCUGGGCUUUUUGGACAUUGACCUGACUGACUUUAAGAAAGGGGAGGCUAAUGUGACAGGCUUCCAGAUUGUGAACUAUGCGGAUCCAGGUGUUAGCAGAAUAGUUCAGCAGUGGAUGGACUUUGACAAUAAAGAUUCCAAAGUUCCAAAGAAAGGACUCAAGUACACUGGAGCACUCACGUAUGAUGGUGUUAAAGUGAUGUCUACAGCUUUUCAGAAUCUCCGCAGGCAGAGGAUUGACAUAUCACGGCGUGGCAAUGCUGGUGAAUGCCUCGCAAACCCACCAGCCCCCUGGGGCCAGGGCAUUGACAUUCAGAGAGCUUUACAGCAGGUUCGGAUUGAAGGUGUAACUGGACACAUCCAGUUUAAUGAGAAAGGCCGGCGAAUCAACUACACCAUCAGUGUGAUGGAACUGAAGGCCACAGGGCCAAAGAAAGUAGGAUACUGGAAUGAGGAUGAGAAAUUUGUGAGCACAGCAGCCUACAUGUCUGGAAGUAACGACACCUAUGGAUUUCAGAACCACACAUACAUCGUCACUACCAUCUUGGAAUCUCCAUACGUGAUGUUAAAGAAGAAUCAUGAAAAGCUUCUAGGAAAUGAUAAGUAUGAAGGCUACUGUGUUGAACUGGCAGCAGAAAUAGCCAAGCAUGUGGGAUACCAGUACAAACUCAAGAUUGUUGCCGAUGGGAAGUAUGGAGCCAGGGAUCCAGAGACAAAGAUGUGGAAUGGGAUGGUUGGGGAACUGGUUUACGGAAAAGCCGAUGUUGCAGUGGCACCACUGACCAUAACGUUGGUGAGAGAGGAAGUCAUUGACUUCUCCAAACCCUUCAUGAGCUUGGGUAUUUCAAUUAUGAUCAAGAAGCCCACCAAGUCCAAACCAGGAGUCUUCUCUUUUCUUGACCCACUGGCCUAUGAGAUUUGGAUGUGUAUUGUGUUUGCCUACAUUGGCGUGAGUGUAGUACUCUUUCUGGUCAGCCGCUUCAGCCCAUAUGAGUGGCAUGCUGAGGACUGUGAGGAAAGUGAAAAGGCCAAUACCAACCAGGCUGGAUUCUUGUCAGGCCAGAAUACACAGAAUCAGUCCCAUCUGAACCAGGAGCAGACAAAUGAAUUUGGCAUCUUCAACAGCCUCUGGUUCUCACUAGGCGCUUUCAUGCAGCAAGGCUGCGACAUCUCACCCAGAUCUCUCUCAGGUCGGAUCGUGGGUGGUGUCUGGUGGUUCUUCACCCUCAUCAUCAUUUCGUCUUACACAGCUAACCUGGCAGCCUUCCUCACCGUGGAGCGGAUGGUCUCCCCUAUCGAGAGUGCUGAAGACUUGGCCAAACAGACUGAGAUUGCUUAUGGUACACUUGAUGCUGGCUCAACCAAAGAGUUCUUUAUGAGGUCAAAGAUCGCUGUGUUUGACAAGAUGUGGUCCUAUAUGAAGUCAGCCCCAUCUGUGUUUGUGAAGACCACCGAUGAAGGAGUGAUUAGAGUUAGGAAGUCUAAAGGAAAGUAUGCCUAUCUGCUGGAGUCCACCAUGAAUGAAUAUAUUGAACAGCGGAAACCAUGUGAUACCAUGAAGGUGGGCGGGAAUUUGGACUCUAAGGGUUACGGUGUUGCUACACCAAAAGGAUCACCACUCAGAAACCGAGUAAACCUGGCAGUGUUAAAACUGAACGAGCAGGGCCUGUUGGACAAAUUGAAAAACAAAUGGUGGUACGACAAGGGCGAGUGCGGCAGCGGGGGAGGUGAUUCCAAGGACAAGACAAGUGCGUUGAGUCUCAGUAAUGUGGCCGGAGUUUUUUACAUUCUAAUCGGGGGCCUGGGCCUGGCCAUGCUGGUGGCACUGGUGGAAUUCUGCUACAAGUCAAGGACUGAAUCUUACAGGAUGAAGCAAUCCAUCAAUGAUGCCAUGCGCUGCACCACACUGACCCGGAUGAGUGGCAACAGCAGUGGUGGGGAGAAUGGCCGCAUCAUGGCCCAUGACUUCCCAAAAGCUGUGCAGACAUUACCAUGCAUGAGCCACACAGCUGCUAUGGGCCUUGGAGCCUCAGGCAUGUGACUGGUACUACACAGAUACUGUCCCCCAACGGAUGCGUCGUACUGCCAAAAUGCACUCUCAGACUGCUCUCGGCAAAACCAACAACCCAUGAAACAUUUUUCUUAUAUAAGAAAAAAAAAAUCCCAAAUGUUUGGAUGGUGAGAAAAGAAUACAGAGAAGAAGAUGCUGUGCAAUAUGAUGUUGAAGGGACACUUUUCAGUAGUGUUCAUUUACAAAAAUAAUCAUAAAAAUUUGUGUUGAUGCCAUGCCAGUCUAACAGAGCUGUUUACUUCUGUCUGUAAGUGUGCAAUAUUUUGGUUUAUACCACUGUUCUAUAAUGUUGUCUCCUACCUUAUUUUCUCCAGGAAAAGAUUAUCACAUGAAAUAUGUGGCAUUUUGCACAGAUUAUUAUAUGGCUCAUAUGUUGUAAUGACUACUAGAGAGAGUCUGUUGUAUGGACUGAAGUUUUGUUUUUUUGUUUUUUUUAAAUGCACAUAAAACGUAGAACUAGUGGGCAAUGUGGCUGAUUUCCCUCCACCAUUAACUUUGCUUAGCUUAAUUGAAACAAACAUAUCAGAUUGUCAAUCUGUUAACAGUGUAAAUAGUCUGAUGUAAAUCUUAACCUGGGCAAUGGGAGAACAUUUGUUGUUGAUCAGAAGAUUAUAGCAUACUGAACAUGUUGAUUAUCUUGCUGCAUUUCUUUUCACCUCAACAAACUUGCAUUGCUGCUAUGCCUCAUUUAAGGUGCCAUACCUCAUUUGUGCCAGGACUGACUUGGGAGUGUGUUCCAUGUUUGAAUUUGCAAUUUCAACAGGAGCACUUGCAGAAGGGCAACAGCAAAAAUGUCUCAAGCUACUGUUGAUAAAAAGCUUUUUAAUUAUUUUUCCCCUAUCAUUUGAAUGUCAUUAUUUCCGGCCUUCAAAUAUAGUAUUGUCAUUCGUUUAUACUGUGCACAGAGCCAAAGCUAAGCAUUUUUGAAGCAUUGCUACAGUAUAGAUGUCCUUUUGAUACAAUAUUCUUUUUACAUCAGUCUUUUGCAAAUGAACAUUCCUCAACUACCUUGCACUUCUAAAAAAAAAUUAUGAGGGAGUCACCUGAAAAAAGUUUCAUUUUAAAGCCCAAAGUGUGUGUCAUUUAAGUUAACUACGUUCUGAGACUGUAUAUGGAGCAAAUGCUGAUGGAUGUUAGCCUGCCUUUAAAUUCUCUUGCUGCACACAUGCUUUAAGACAGGUUUGUUUAUGACUCCUGUUUUUAGUUUAUUCUUAACUUUUAGAGAAAAAGAUCACCACUGACUGUGGAAGUUAACUAAGAUCUGUGUUUAACUCGUGUUUGGGAAACCAGCUCUCACAAUGAGCUCCAUCCUGAUGCAUUGAAUUUAAAAUAAAGGAGCUUCCCUGGAGUACUAUGCUUUCACACCACACACCAUGCUUUGUCUUCUAUGUAAACAAAGAGUGCUUUGUACUUCCCUCACUCUCUGUUUCUAGAUUAUUUCAUGUCUUUUAUGAAGGCACAGGAGUCUGGGCUGCUUUGUGGCCUCAUGUUCUGAACAUAUUUUAUACACAGUAACACAUUUGUAAUGGCUGACAGAAAUAAUGAGUAAUAGUAUAAGUAAGGAUUUCUGAGUGCUGUGUGAUUUGCUGUUUUUCAUAUGAACUGGUAUGUUGAGGCAAUGCCUCAUUAAAGGGAUGUAGUUAUUGCAGAGAUAAGAAUUAUUGAGCAGUUAGUUGAGAUACUUUGUGUUUCUGGUUAACAGUGUUCUCUUUUCUGUAGUUGCGAUACAAAAAAUGAUCUUCUGUGCUUACACUUCACAAUGAUGUAAUUUGUUUAUUCAAGUUUGUUUGUUGGGAUUAUGUUGAUCAUAAUGGAGAGGUAUGAUUGUAUACAAAUGGUAUGGAUGGAAAACACAUUAAAUCAAUAAUGAAUAAAACAUUCAAAAUAAAAAGAAAACACUUUCCUAACCAAAGUCAGAUGUUGGUUGAUGCUUUUUUGUGAUUAAAUGGGAAACAAUUAUUGUGAUUUCUGUCAUUUUGUUUCUCUGUACACUGUAUUUGAGGCUGCUGUUGACACACAUGGAGGAAAAAGCUCAUUAGGAUCCUUGCAGGUCCCCAUUAGGAAAUUUCAGUGAUGCUUUCAUGCAAAGCUUCUUACAACUGGGAAAAACUCCAUCCCAAUCAUAGUGUUGAGGGAUGAGAGCCUUGAUCAAGGGCCCAGCAUCAGCUUUCUGGCGGUCAGACAGGAUUUCCCAUUUAUGAGAUCUUUUAGAAGCUUAACUGCUAAGCUAACACUUUUGCAAAAGACAGGUGCCCGUUUACUCGCUGUAAGUCUUUGGACGGAUGCCAUGCUCCACAGAAAACUCAUCAAAGGAUGAAUGGAGGGCCAAAUGUCAAUAUAAUAAUACACUAUCAAGCACAGAAUAAAUAGAUUGAUAUGCCUACCAUUAUGAGUUAUACAACAGAAAUGGCCUAAUAAAUUAAGCAAGAGUAAUAAAGUAAUAAGAAAAGGUUUUCCUAAUCAAGGCUCUGUACUAAACUAUAGAAUUCGUGUUUAAGAAACAUUCUUAUUAU